CAGCCAUUCCUCCUUCAGAAUGCCAGAGGGCCCAGAGCUGCACCUGGCCAGCCACUUUGUGAACGAGACAUGUAAGGGGCUGGUAUUUGGUGGGUGUGUGGAGAAGUCCUCUGUCAGCCGGAACCCGGAGGUGCCCUUUGAGAGCAGUGCCUACCACAUCUCAGCUUUAGCCCGAGGCAAGGAGCUACGCUUGACAUUGAGCCCCCUGCCUGGGUCCCAGCCCCCUCAGAAGCCACUGUCCCUUGUCUUCCGCUUUGGGAUGUCAGGAUCCUUCCAGCUGGUACCUGCAGAGGCACUGCCCCGCCACGCCCAUCUACGUUUUUACACGGCCCCACCUGCCCCCCGGCUUGCCCUUUGCUUCGUAGACAUCCGUCGCUUUGGCCACUGGGACCCUGGGGGUGAAUGGCAAGCAGGCCGUGGACCCUGUGUCUUGCUGGAGUAUGAACGGUUCAGAGAGAACGUACUUCGGAACCUAUCAGACAAAGCCUUUGACCGGCCCAUCUGCGAGGCCUUGUUGGACCAGAGGUUCUUCAAUGGCAUUGGCAACUAUCUGCGGGCAGAGAUCCUGUACCGGCUGAAGAUCCCUCCUUUUGAGAAGGCUCGCACAGUUCUAGAGGCCCUGCAACAGUGCCGGCCGAGCCCAGAGCUGACCCUGAGCCAGAAGAUCAAGGCCAAACUGCAAAACCCAGACCUGCUGGAACUGUGUCACUUGGUGCCCAAGGAAGUGGUUCAGCUGGGGGGCAAAGGCUAUGGGCCAGAGCGUGGAGAGGAGGAUUUUGCUGCCUUUCGAGCCUGGCUUCGGUGCUAUGGUGUGCCAGGCAUGAGCUCCCUGCGAGACCGGCAUGGCCGUACCAUCUGGUUCCAGGGUGAUCCCGGACCCUUGGCACCCAAAGGGGGCAAAUCCCGAAAAAAGAAGUCACAGGAGACACAGCUGGGGGCUGAGGACAGGAAAGAGGACCUUCCACUUUCAAGCAAGUCCGUUUCCAGGACGCGGAGGGCCAGGAAGCACCCUCCUAAGAGUAUAGCUCAACAGUCUGAAGGGGCCGGCCUCCAACAAAACCAGGAGGAAACCCCUACAGCUCCUGAGAAAGGGAAGAGGAGGGGGCGACGGGCAAGAACAGGCCACCGUGGACACCCAAAGACUAUGCCUGACACCUGACCCAGGGAGGCUGGGGAGAGUUCAGCUUUAUAGAUGGAGGCCUCCUUCCCUGAUGCCUUGCUGUGUAUCCUGGGGCAUGUCUGAAUCCCUAAAAGCAGUAUUUGUAGGGCUGCAUGCCCUAGGCCCUGUGACUUUUCCUGCAUAACUGUUUUUUUGAGGCAGGGCUUCAUAUGUCCUAUCCUUGAACCCAUGUGGAUCUGAAGAUGACAUUGAACUCCC